GUUGAAACCUGAGAGAAAAAAAAAAACUCGCGAAAAUCUCGGGAGAUAGCAUUUUUCCGCCAAAAUUAUCACAAUCUUCUCUACGGUACGGCCGCUACAAAGUCUAGAGAGAGAAAGUAUGGUGUUUCGGAGGAAAUGUCGCCAUAAAGAUAGCUCAAAACCCUAGCUUUCUCUUUUAUUCUCUCUAUCUCUGUCCCCAAGUGGAAGCUUUGUCACGAAGCUAUUUCCUUUUUCAAUUUUUUUAAUCAAUUGUUUCUCUUCGUUUUUUUCCUCCAUGUUUUUUCUAAUUUUCGGAGUAAAAGUCUGAGAUCGCCAUCGAAAAGCUUCACAAGUUUCUGCUUUUUUGUUUUUUUGGUGAGAUCAGUGUUUGUUGAAUUUGACGACUUUUCCAGCGCGAUUCGUCCCUUCUGAUGUUUUAUUUCGAUUCGCUGCAUCAAUUGCCUGUGAAUUUUUCAUUCAUAGCCCCUUUUGUGUACUCAAUUUCCUAUAUUUUUAUUCCCUCUGAUGCUUUCUUUAUAUGUUUCUUCAACUGUAUGCGUUUUCGCCUGAAAAUUUGAUUGUGCCAGUGAAAUCUGUGGCUCAUCCGUGUCUCUAAAUUGUCGGGUACCUUAAUCGAGGCUUUUUACAGUGAAAACCUCAAAAGGGGAAUUUUGGGGAAUAAGGGUUUUGUGUAUUUUUUUUCUCCCUGUGGAGGUGGAAGAGUAAAGAAUUUGUGAAAUGGCAAACCGUUAUUGGUCUGUUUCUUUUGAGGAAUUGCCCUCACAUUUGAUUCUAGAGAUCUUGAGCUCAGGGCGGUUGAGUGCAGUGGAUCUUGUUUGUUUAGAGCUGACAUCACGGACUUUUGGUGCAAGUCAUGGGUUGUACCCACACAAGUUUAGGUCUCUGGUGGAUUUUGCGGCGUUUCAGCUAUGUGGUUCUCAUCCCAUUUAUGCAGCAUUGAGUUUGAAUGCGCAGAAAGAUCUCUUUGAUCGGUGUGGGGAAAAUUGGAAGCGGGUUUUAAGAUUCUUGCAAUCUGUGGAGCAGUCAUCAUAUAUAAGCGAGACAUCAGCAGGCAAUAUGCAGAUUACAACUGGACGAUAUCACACAUUGCUGAUCAAGGAUUCAUCAGUGUACUCUUGUGGUUCAAGUUUGUGUGGUGUUCUUGGUCAUGGUCCUGAAACAACACAAUGUGUGGCAUUUAGCAGGAUUAAUUUCCCACCUUUGGCACAUGUGGCCCAAGUCUCAGCCUCCCACAAUCAUGCAGCCUUUGUCAUGCAGUCUGGAGAGGUUUUCACCUGUGGAGAUAAUUCAUCCUUUUGCUGUGGGCAUGGAGAUACGGUUCGUCCCAUAUUCCGGCCCAGACUUGUUGAAGCACUGAAGGGAGUUCCUUGCAAGCAGGUUGCUGCUGGGCUUAGUUUUACCGUGUUUCUCACAAUGAAAGGCCAUGUCUAUACAUGUGGAACGAACACACAUGGCCAGCUUGGUCAUGGUGAUACUGUUGACAGACGGACCCCCAAAAUUGUUGAACUACUUGAAGGUGUUGGUCCUGUGGUUCAGAUUGCUGCAGGUCCAAGUUAUGCCAUGGCCGUAACUGAUGAUGGGACUGUCCACUCUUUCGGGUCUGGGUCCAAUUUCUGUCUUGGCCAUGGUGAGCAGCAUAAUGAGCUCCGACCACGUGCAAUCCAAUCAUUUAGAAGAAAGACUAUUCAUGUAGUUCGCAUCUCUGCUGGUGAUGAGCAUGUGGUGGCACUUGAUUCCAGUGGAUUUGUAUAUACCUGGGGCAAAGGUUAUUGUGGUGCAUUGGGCCAUGGUGAUGAGAUUGAUAAGACUACUCCUGAAAUCUUAAGCAGCCUUAAGAGCCACCUUGCUGUGCAGGUUUGUGCACGGAAGAGGAAAACCUUUGUCUUGGUGGAUUCCGGUUCUGUAUAUGGCUUUGGAUGGAUGGGUUUUGGUAGUCUUGGGUUUCCAGACAGGGGAGCUUCUGAUAAAGUCAUGAGGCCUUGGAUCCUUGAUAGCUUAAGAGGCCACUACAUUUCUCAAAUAAGCACAGGUCUGUACCACACCGUUGCAGUCACUAAUAAGGGUCAAAUCUUUGGGUUUGGUGACAAUGAAAGAGCACAACUCGGGCAUGACACCUUGAGAGGAUGCCCUGUACCUACUGAAAUUUUUGUUCAAGAAGCAACUGAUGAUGCAGGCCUUGUCUCGGAAAGUAGGUGAUUCUCUUGAAUCUGCCAUAUACUUUGGAGAGGUCUUUUAUGAUUUUUAUUGUAAGUGAACAUCAGUGGGUAUAUAUAUAUAUAUUUUUUCGGCAAAUGCUACCAGGCUGUGGAUGCAGGUAGAUCUUUGUUGUAUUAGAAAACCAAACUGUGUUCUCGAGGUAUUUAGUAGAAAGCUUAAUUGCUUAAAAAGUUUCGAGUAUUGUUGUAUUGUCAUCUUCUCUGAUGCAGACCAAUAUUUGUGUUUUGAAAGUUGUUUAUUUCUAUAACAUCUAGGGCCUGUUUGGAAAUCCA